GACGAACAGGAGGUGCCUGGGGAAACAGGUAGGGAUUGAGCCUUACCGGCACCCGUCCAGUGAUGUCAUUGUCGGUGUGUGUGUGAGGCGGGAGCGGCCGGAGGAGGGGACGGUGAGUGCUCGUUGAUGCCUGGUCUUCAUCUUGUCCUGAGCAGUGACAUCUGGUACAGAUAUCCGUCCUGACAGAUCCUGCAGGUUCACCUUGUUCUCGGAUUAUAUAGCUUGGAUCCGUCCCUGAAGAAUAGAGGAGCCCUCGACCUCAGCUGGAGCAACAUUUGGCUAGAACGGUGCAAUCCCCCAGGAUGCCCAAAUGGAGGAAAGUGCAUCACGGAAAUCUGACUCAACUGGACUCUCCCCUGUGGAGCCCUGGACGUUACAGCCCGAACAGUGUGUGAGCUGCAAACUGCGUCUGACAGGACCAGCCAUGGUGGUCUCCCAGUACAAGUUUCACCCUGAAUGCUUCUCAUGCUCUGGAUGCCACCAUGUGAUUGAGGAUGGGGAGUCAUUCAGCUUGGUGGAGAGCACAACUCUAUUUUGCGGGCCUUGCCACAAGCUGCUGCUUCUACGACCACAGUUUGAGGGGCUUUGCAAUGAAUCGGCUAAAGAACAGCAUCCUCACACACUAACCCUCUUACGGCUACCUCCUCAUGCAGGAGGCAGUAGAGGCUUCUCUGUAUCAGUGGAGGAGAUGAAGGUCACACAGGUGACACUUGAAGCUCGUAACCUGCUGUACCUAGGAGAUCGCGUCUUGGAAAUUAAUGGCUCUCCUGUCAGUACAAUGCCACAGAAAGAGGCUGAUAAUUUGCUUAACUGCACAGACCGGACCCUGCAGCUUCUGGUAGAGCACAACCCUCCACCAAUCUCCCCAGUGAUUAGAGUUCUUCCAAAAUCUCCCUCAUUGCACCAACGUGAGGGAAAAAGCAUCUCAGAAAGUAAUGCCAAGCGUGGCUCCAUCCGGCGCAGUAGCAGUAACACUCGCUCCCCUGGACCCUGUUCUCCCAAAGACACUCGCUGUGUUUCUCGGUCAGAGUCACUUCGCUGUGCUGUAGGUGGACCUCAGCAGAUCUUUCGACCAUGUGAACUUCUUCACGGUGAAGAACUAGGAAAAGGUUUCUUUGGUCGAGCCAUAAUGGUCACACACAGAGCCACUGGGAAAGUGAUGGUUAUGAAAGAGUUAAUACAGUUCGAUGAAGAGACACAAAAAACAUUCCUUACAGAGGUAAAGGUUAUGCGGUCCCUGGAUCAUCCCAAUGUGCUGCGAUUUAUUGGGGUUCUCUAUAAGGAUCGAAGGCUGAAUCUGCUGACUGAAUAUAUAGAAUGUGGGACCCUAAAGGAUUUCCUAAGAGGGGACACAUGUCCUUGGCAGCAGAAGGUCUCAUUUGCUAAGGACAUUGCAUGUGGCAUGGCUUAUCUUCACUCCAUGAGCAUCAUCCAUAGAGACCUUAACUCACACAACUGUCUCAUCAAACUGGAUGGCACUGUGGUGGUUGCAGACUUUGGGCUGUCCAGGCUUAUUGUGGAAGAGAAACCCAGACCCCCACCAGAAAAGCCACCCACAAAAAAACGGACACUACAGAAGACUAACCGCCGGAAACGUUAUACUGUGGUGGGCAACCCAUAUUGGAUGGCACCAGAAAUGUUAAAUGGCAAACAGUAUGACGAGAAGGUGGACGUGUUUUCGUUUGGAAUUGUCCUGUGUGAGAUUAUUGGACAAGUUUAUGCUGAUCCAGAUUGCCUACCACGCACCAUUGACUAUGGCCUGAAUGUCCGCCUAUUCUGGGAGAAAUUUGUUUCAGACGACUGUCCCUCAGGAUUUUACCCCAUUGCAACGUCCUGCUGUCAACUUGAGUCUGACCUAAGGCCAGACUUUCCAUAUCUACAUGAUACGCUUACAGCUAUAUCUCUGUUCUUGGGGGAGCUGGCAAUCCCUUUACCCUCUGAACUAGAGUUUAUGGAGCACAACUUGAGGUUGCAGUAUGGUCUGACACGAGAACAGCCUUCUCCAGUGGAUAGCAUAAGCCACUGAUCUCAGAUGAUCACUUUGUGAAAACUUUCUUACAUUCUCUAACUUUUCUUUUGGUGGUUGUUACUGUAUAUGCCGAUAACUAAAUCUUUAGACAGGUCAUAAGCACAUUUCUAAAAUCCUUGAACUUAGAUGUUUGUGGCCUAUCCAUAUAUGACUGAUAGAUGCACCUCCCAGAGGGUCCGCAUCUAUCACUAAAACAGGGAUCCACUUUAGGACCCUCGCCUAUUGUGGUCAGGUCACUGCACUCUGCAUACAGUAAGAAGCUCUUCCCGUGACUUUCAUUGACUUUAAUGUUAGAGCAUUUAGCUGUAUUUAGAGUGCGGAGGCUGGGAAUUGGUGAUCAGGGGACAUGAGCUACCUCUGGGACCUGUACCGAUCAGGCAUGUGUGGCAUAACCAAUGCCAUGAGUUCUUAAUGGUCCAUGCACAAAGCACUGCUACCUGCAUGGACGUUGUGGCUACACACAAAUUUCAGAAUCUGUGCCACAGUAUGGUGCCUCUGUGAGGCACUGUAUUCUCCCCGAUGUCUUCUCUGGGAUAUGGCAUGCGAUGGAGGAUAACACUUUGUUUCUCACAGAUUAAUAGGGAAUAAGUGAAGACAAUAUACGGAGUGCCUAUAUGAUUAUAUGGGUACUAUGUAAUGGCCUAAUACCACAUGACUAUGUGAAAAGGCCAUAUACACCAUGCCUUCAAACUAAGCAUAUCUCAGGGGGUUUUCAAAGACGCUAGCACUUACAUACAUAUAACCACAACACGCGUUAGGAUAGGUAGAUCACCUAAUGGCUAUUACUGCUCCUAACAUUCAGAGAGUCAUCUCGCCUGACAUUAGGAAAUACUUGCAUUUCCCAUGCAAUUAUAAUUCUGGAGCAUCCUUUCUUAUAACUGUGCAUUGUGGUGUCCCUCUGUUAUUCCUGCUAGAAAUUUAUGAAUACAGUGACAAUGGUUGAGGAGGGGGAUAGUUACAAAAGGGUGUGUCCCUAUACGAUACGAUGCAGAGACACAACCCCCAACUGAUAAUACUGAGUUGUCAAUGUGAUACAUACAUUUCUAGAAGGAAUGACAGAGGAAUGGAACAAUGCAGAGCUCUAAGAUACUCUAGAAUUGUUCUGUUAUGGGGAAUACACGUAUUUACUAAAUGGACAUGUCAGGGGAGGUGAUAGCUCCUCUCUAAGGGCACAUACAUACAUAAAAACUUGAAUAGGUCUUCCCCUUCCUGCAUCAGAUUUAUAGUAGCUGGAAGAUUGUUAUAUAUUUAUUAAACUGGAUGUCAAAGGGGUUGUAAAGCUUUUAUUAAGUGAUGGCCUGUCCUCUGGAUUGGCCAUCAUAUGCUUAUCAGCAAGGGUCCGACACCCUGCACUUGUGCCAAUCAGCUGUUUGGGUGCCAGAACUA